GUUUAUGUAUUUCAGGUUUUUUGUGUUCGUUAUUUUUUGUCAUUUGGCAGGUGUGCAACCAAUCACGUGUUGUGUUUAUGUAGCUAACAACAUCAUGUGAUCUGAAACAUCCCUCUUAUGACGACUGUGAUAGAAUAAGGGACAGUAGCAGCACAAUGCAUCUGUGGAGUGUUGUCCCCCUUUGUUUACUGUUGAUUGACAACUCUGUUGGUCAAUAUGAGCCUACGUGGGAAUCAAUUGAUUCAAGACCUCUCCCGGAAUGGUUCGAUCAAGCCAAAUUCGGCAUAUUCAUUCACUGGGGAGUGUUUUCAGUUCCCAGCUAUGGCAGUGAAUGGUUCUGGUGGUACUGGCAGGGCCGGAAAUUCCCGUCUUAUGUGAAGUUUAUGGAGCAGAAUUACCCACCCGACUUUACCUACGAAAACUUUGCUCCUCAGUUCCGGGCUGAAUUCUUUGAUCCUAAAGAGUGGGUUGACAUUUUUGCCUCGUCUGGAGCCAAAUAUAUUGUCCUCACAACCAAACAUCAUGAAGGGUUUACACUAUGGGGCUCGAAGAACUCAUGGAUGUGGAACGCAGUGGAUGUCGGGCCGAGGCGGGAUCUGGUGGAUGAUAUUGCCACUGCUCUGCGGGCACACAGUGAUUUGCGUCUGGGUCUCUACCACUCUUUAUUUGAGUGGUUUAACCCUCUGUUCAAAGCUGAUGCUGACAAGUCCUUCAAAACCAGUGUGUUUCCUACGACAAAGUCCCUGCCAGAACUAUACGAGAUUAUCAACAAGUACAAACCUGAGUUGCUGUGGUCUGAUGGUGAUGGAGAUGCGCCCGCCUCUUACUGGAACAGCACAGGGUUCCUCGCCUGGCUUUAUAACGAGAGCCCUGUGCGUGACACUGUUGUGACCAACGACCGCUGGGGAUAUGGCACUAUAUGUAAUCAUGGCGGAUAUUACACCUGCUCAGAUCGCUACAACCCCGGACACCUGCUGAAGCACAAGUGGGAGAACUGCAUGUCCAUGGACAAGAAGUCAUGGGGGUUCAGGAGAGAAGCCAAAUUGAGCGACUACCUGACCAUUGAGGAGCUGAUAGCAACUCUUGUUGAGACCGUGUCCUGCGGCGGGAAUUUGUUGUUGAAUGUGGGUCCCACACACGACGGCCGAAUCAUGCCCAUCUUUGAGGAGCGUCUGCGACAGAUGGGCCAGUGGCUCAAGGUCAACGGAGAGGCCAUUUACAACAGCAGCGCAUGGAGAGUUCAGAACGACACUGUCACUCCUGGAGUCUGGUAUACGAGGAAUCAGAAGAACGCAAUCUAUGCUAUUUUCCUUUCAUGGCCCGCUGAUGGCUAUAUUGUUCUGAGCGACCCAGUUGUAUCACCAUCUAAGACGCAGGUGGUGCUGCUUGGAUAUCAGUCCCUCUCGUGGGAGUCCAUGAAACCCACUGGUCUAAAGGUUCAUCUGCCCCAGCUGGACCCCAGUCAGAUUCCCUGCUCCUGGGCUUGGACCCUGCAACUGACUGGUGCGGAGUAGCCAGAAGAUGGCGCCACAGUUAACUGUUGCCUUUAGGAAUAAUGAAAAACAUGACUGUACUAUGGGUUUUUGUUAUCCACACAUUUUACAUUUAACUAACCCCUGUGAUGAAAAUCAAGUUUUUAACAUUGUGUCUAUCUUUGUCUAUCUGGUGAUUUUCCUAUGCUUAAAGACAAACCAUGUGCAAAUUCAGCUGUCAAAAACAUUGCUCAGCAUUUUUGAUGUACCAAAAACCCAGUUUGAAACCACCCGUUUUCUAAGUCACAAACAUGUAAUCAGUCUCAUCAACCUGUGGGACAGGGCUUUUCAUGUUGUUGUCUCCACUGCUCAUAAGUUUCUAUUUACAGUGUAGACAAUCACAGACAUAUCAGUUUAUUUCAUGAUUGCAACAGCCAAUCAGAGGCCUUUAAAUAGGUCAGAAUCCACUCACCCUUCAAAACACCAGAGUUUUGUCCAGUACUGAGUUCUGCAUGCCCCAAAUCUGCUCAAUAUUACAAAAUAGUAGACGAAAUGUAAUUAAAGGAAUAGUUCACCCAAAAAUGAAAAUUCUGUCAUUAACUACUCACCCUCAUGUCGUUCCAGACCCGUAGCUAAAUAAAAUGAUGGUUGAACCACUGAUGUCACAUUUAAACAAUGUCCUUACUGCAUCUCUGGGCUUUGAAUGUGGUAGUUCCCUUGCUGUCUAUGCAGAGUCAGAAAGCUCUCGGAUUUCAUCAAAAAUAUCUUCAUUUGUGUUCUGAAGGUGACUGAAGGCCUUACGGGUUUGGAACGACAUGAGGUUGAUUAAUUAAUGACAGAAUUUUUAUUUUUUGGUGAACUCAACCUCUAAGAAAUUAAUUAUGCAAUUAGCUCAUCACAAUUUUGUGAUUGUGAUGAACUAAGAUGAGUGACAGGAUUUUAGUGAUUAUAAGGGAAACGCUAUUUGCUUUAUUAUCCAUUCAUAAUAUAAACAUUUACUCAGAUUCAUUUUGGAAGCAGCAAUGAAUGACCGCUAUAAACUUUAAUACAAGAUGACCACUGUCUUCGUGUUGUGUUUACUACAGAGUUUACUUGUGAGCUGCUGAGUGGAGGUGGAGACUCAUUAGCAUAUUCAUUAUCCAUGAAUACUAAAUGAGUUAAGGGUAUAGAGUUACAUUCAAGCCAUUUUAGUAUGUACUGAAACAAUGUUUUUGCAGCACCUAUUUUUUAUGCUGUUACAUUUAGAAUUUCUAAAUCAACACUUUUUUUAUUAUCAUUAAUGAUAUUUAGAAUCGAAAAUACACUGGCAAAUGAAGCACCAUAAACAUGCACUAUAUAAAAAAAUAAAUAAA